AUGGACAGAAAUCCAGAAGCAGACCAUCUUGAUUCUAUCUCACAAAGAAUCAAUUCCUUUACAAUGGAUCCUUCGGACCAAACAAUCACUCCAAAACCUGAACAGCAAAACACCAAAGAGUAUGCAGCCAAGAUUGCCUUGGAAAAAUCUCUACCAGAUACAGAGACCAUUCCCACAGUCCUAGUUUCUGGUUCUCAACAAGUUGGCACGCGAAGGAUUUUACCUGAGAUAUUGUUUCAAAUCAUCGACUAUCUCGAUUUCUCAGAUGACCUCCCAACCAUUAUCUGUGUCGCUCUAACAGCGAAAGUUUGUUACGACUAUGUAACAACCCGCAGAAGACUAGAGCAUCUCAAACAAGGAGGAGAAGAGCCAGAGGAAGGCUGCUAUUUCCGAGGACGUACCUCGAGAUGGGACCUUGAUCUAGGACAGAGAUUAGAGCUCGCUCCCCUCUUGGAAGACUGGGUUGGAAGCGACUACAGAACUGCCUCGCCGAAAACCAUCACAGCCUUGUGUUUAACUUCGCGUGCUUCAGAAUACAUGGAGACACCAAACGUUUUGUUUCUUUCCCGUGCAGUAUAUGAUGAUACAUGGGAACAAGAGUUUGUCUUGCCUCAACGACACAUGGACUAUUAUAACAUGACCAUGCCAUUCAAGUACAACUUCGUCCCCCAUACGCCAUAUUUUCCACCUCCGCUGCGCAACAAAGUCGACUGGUACGAAGAUAUGGCACACUUCAUCAUUCAUGAAUACAUCAUGGGUGAAUGGAAUGAGGAAAGCCAUAACGAUAUUGGCGGUUGGUUCGACCCUGGAAGAAUAGUGUACACUCCACCAUAUCACCCCCUGGGCUUGUGCGAAGCACGGCGACAAUUCUGGUUGGAAUACAUGCACAGCAGUUUGCGAGAUUGGGUCUACCACAGGGGACCAUCGGAGUUCAAAGGCAAGGGAGACGGCAGUAACUUCAUCGUUUCAAUUGAGGACGGUGUCGUAAUAACUGCUUAUGACCGACGGGAGAAACCCCUCGAAUGGACUUACAACGGUCGGGAUAAUUUCCAUCGCGCGAUAUGUCGUCAAGAGGGCGCCACAAGUAAAGAUAUGUUGAAGGCUAUUGAGAGAGAUAUCAAUGAGUCCUGGGGCAUAUCAUUUUGGGAAACCCAUAGCACACCUCCAGAAAUGAAUCAGUUCACAAUGGACAUCUGUAAUCAGAUGACUAUCGCGACAUCUGAACAAGACGCGGUAGCCGACCAGAAGGUUGGAGAUAUGAACUAUCACAAUAAGAGAAGCAUGACAGUAGACGCUGGCAUGAGUCCUGUAGCCACUACUGAUUUGGAUUUAAAUCCUUCAUCUCAAUACGACCAAAAGCGAAUUGUUCCACCUGAGAUUGUUUACAAGAUCCUUGAUAUCCUCUACGAGAAACAUGACAUGCCGACAAUCUGGUGUAUUGCUCUCUCCGCCUGCAUCUACUAUGAUUAUGUCGCCAAAUUUCGCAAUCGAUUUGGAAUUCGUCUUACCACAGAGGAAAAGAAAAAGCUAGCUCCACUUCUCAAGAACUGGAUGGGAGAUCAAUACCGAAUCAUGCGCUCAAAGACCAUCGACACAAUCGACUCGGCACUCCUAUUCGAGAACAAUACCAUGUUUCUCUCCCGCAAAAUCUACGGCGACAAAAUCGCAAAGGAACGAGCUCUGUGCCAGAGGUUCGAAGAUUACGGCAAUUUUAUAGGUCCGUUGAGGUGGCCACCCUCCAGGCCUGCAUUCUACAACGAUCUCCACAUUCCAGAUCCGACUAGAAAGGGAACAGCUUGGUAUGAGGAGAUGGCUAAGUACUUAUUGCUUUACAUCAUCCAAAAUUGGGACAAAGGCAGCGGAAAACCAAUCGGUUCCUGGUUCGAGAGUCGAGAAUCACCAGAGUAUCCUGCUCGUCAACACUUUUGGCAAGAAUACUUGCACAGUAGUUUACGAGCAUGGGUUCAUCACGAAGGAGAAGAGUUUGGAGGCAAACCUUCGCAGAAAGAGGUUUUACGUACCGAACCGGGUCAUUAUAAUCUGCCAUAUUCAAUGAAGCCAAACUGGACGUACAGCGGUUUUGAUAAUUUACAUAGGGGUCAAUAUAUACAAGAGGGCAAAAGCAAGGAGGAGGUUAUGCAGAUGAUACCAGAUCACAAUAUUCUCAGAUGGCUGAUGCAUCAUGAUGGCGAGAGCUGGGUUAUCAAGGCUAUUUGUUUCCCGAAAGAGACCUCGAUGAAAGAAGUGUUGAGAACCUUUGAGAGAGACAUUGAGGAGUCUUGGGGUCCGUUGGAUUAG